AUGGACUGCUAUGAGCAAGAGAACAUCUUUUCAGGAACACAUUAUAGAGGAAAUUUGCAGGCAAAGGAAGAUAAAGAAGCUGAAAAGGUUGAUUUUAGUCACUUAGGAGAAGAAUUCUGUCACUGGUUCUUUGAACUUCUUAAUUCUCAGAAUACUUUUCUGGGACCACCUCAAGAUGAAUGGGGCCCACAGCACUUCUGGCAUGAUGUCAAGCUUAGGUUUUAUUAUAACACCUCAGAACAAAACAUGACAGACCACCAAGGAGCAGAAAUUGUGAGUCUUCGCUUAUUGUCAUUAGUCAAAGAGGAAUUUCUUUUUCUCAGUCCCAACCUUGAUUCUCAAGGAUUAAAAUGUGCGUCUUCUCCUCAGGGAUUAGUUAUGGUUGGAGUUGCAGGCACUGUCCACCAAGGAAAUACUUGUUUGGGCAUAUUUGAACAAAUUUUUGGACUUAUCCAUAGCCCUUUUGUGGAAAAUACUUGGAAAAUCAAAUUUAUCAACUUGAGAAUUGUUGGAGGAAUUUCCCUUGCUUCUGGAUCAUCACUGAAACCAUCUGUAACAUUUGAGCAGAGUGAUCUGGAGGCCUUUUAUAAUGUAAUCAUUUUGUGUAAUAGCCCUAAAAUAAGACCUAAUGUAAGGCAGGUAUUGGAUAGUGGGACUGGAGACCAGGUUUUACAUAGUAGAGAUGAGUCAUUAUUGAAAAAAAGGGAAAUGAAUUUGCCUAAUCCUCUAAAGCACUGA